UCCUGUCCAAAUUAGCAAACAGUUUCUUUAAACUCACUUUCGAAUGUGAAUAACUGUUGGAAACUCUUUCCCGCAACUUCGUUGUACAAAUAGGGAAGUUAAAAGUUUCUCGUCUCGUCUCAUUCGAGGUUUUACGGUAGUUGUCCUGCUAUAAACAGUACAUACUGUUAGUGAAUACUGCAGUUUUGCUGGCUCCUAGAAAAUACAUUGAAAAUCACAAGUUCUCAGCCAACGAACGGUUUUCACUGAAAUGAGAGGAUGGCAGACAAUGUUUUGGAUGGAGGGCCAUGGACGGGAUGUGCCGUUCUGUUUCUGCGGUCGCUCUGUCCUGAUGCAAACCUGCUCUCUCUCUACAAAGACCAACAGGGAAAGUUCAUCUUCUUUAAAGUUAUCAAACUGACACUCAUAGAUUCUGCAGGCGGUCUGGCUGGUUAUGAGAUACUAAAGGUUCAUGAUGCAGAUCCUUUCCUCGGAGUGGAGGUGAAGUUUAUGGAUGUAGCAGCCUGUCAGCACUUCCUGGAGAGCUAUAGCUCAGGAGCAAUGCGGCAGUCCAUCUCCCAACAUGCCUGUCGACUUCUGGCGCUGGCGCAGGAGUUCAAUGUGGAGACUCAGCUCAAGGCCGGUACACAGGUCCUGGAUCGAUGUUUGGACAAGCUGGAACUUUGUCUACAGCACAUCCACCUGUCACAACCCGAGCGCCUGCGCGACGAAGAGAUCGAUCAGCUUGAGCAGCAGCUGGAGCGCGAGGUCCACUGGCCUGCUCCCCAGCGGAACGCUGUCAUACAGGAAGUUCCUAGCAACUGCUUCAAGUUCCAGAAUAAAGUGUUUGAGGAUAGAAUGCUGACGGCAGCAGAUGUUCAGAGCUUCGCUAAUGGAGUUGGCCGUCAGUGGAAGCAUGUGGGGAGGACCCUGGGGAGGGACUGCCGCGCUCUACAGGAUACGGCCAUUGACAAUCUGGCCUACGAGUACGCCAGAGAGGGCCUGUACGAGCAGGCCUAUCAGCUGCUCAGCCGCUUCAUCCAGGCAGAGGGAAGGGCGGCCAAGCUGAGCCGGCUGGUCAAAGCACUGGAGUACUGCAAACUCACCGGCCUGGCUGAAACUAUUCUGGACGUACACCCAUGAGACUAACGCUGACAUUUGUGCUCGUACGAUGACAGAGGUGGAAUCAUGGUGAAGGGGUUGUGUCUCACCUCCGUUGACUUCCUGCUUUUACAUAGAGAAAGUCUGCUCUCCAUUGGUGACUACGUGUGUGUGUACUUGCUAUCAUUGCUUUUAUUCAGAUGAAGUCCUGCUGUGUGUGAGUAUGUAUGUGUGUGUGUGUCUCUGUCCUAUGUCAACUUCGUUUUUGCUUUACAGAUGGAAUCUCAUUUCUAAUGACUGCACAACUUAAGGUUAUUCAUUUUCCCCCUUUAAAAUGGGUGCACACAAAUUAAAUGGUUUAAAAAAAAAAAAAAGACGAUCUCAUGUUUGUGUUUGAUGCAUUAGUGUAAUUAAAUCUGAUCAUUUUGUCCAAAUUCCCCCAGGUAUAAAUUAGUGUUAAUCCUCCAUCCAGUCACUCUCUCACACACACACACACACCCAUAUACACGUGCACACGCUCAUAUGAUUAAACUGACCUCCUGAUGUUGCUGCUGAAUGUGUGUUUGUGUCACGUUGUUUCAGGGCACCGAGGCAGACAUAGCAACUGAGGUGUGCGACCGACGAGGUUUUAUCGCCGCCUAAAUUCACUUUUGGAUGAAGUCGCUGCACGUCUGGUUUCAUUCAGGUUCCGUGUAGAAGCCCAACCCCUUCCACCCUUUUUAUGCCACUUGACUAUCCAUCCAGAUGUGACGUGUGGAUUAGAAGCUUUUAACACACAUAUACAGUACACGCUUAUUUCUGCCCAGAAAUAGCUUUAUAAGUUAUACAUUCAUCUCUUUUCAGCUCUGUAACUACAACUACCGCUAAGAUUGUAAUGUGCGGGCAUUUAGGGCUGUUUACGUUGAUACUCAAGCAGUUACAUACUUUUAGUGACACAAAUCCGGGCUUUUUUUUUUUUUUUUUUUUAAGUGUGAUGACAGUUU